UGCCAUUAACACAAUUGCACGCUCGGCUAUAAGUACUGCGGGCUCCACACUGACAAAAGACUCUCUCUUAAAAGAAAAGGGGGAGGAUGGAAUACAGGGUGUGGGGAUGCAGGACAAUCAAAAUGUCAAAUGUUCAAUUAACAAGGUUUGGCAGCCACUAGGCCGUUUUAGGCUCGUGACUACCAAAGACUUUCAUUUCAGGUCACCUGAUUGGGCAGUCAUAACAGUGGACCUACCUAACAGCACAUAGGACGUGAUGUUAAACCACAUGAAACUGGACAGUGAGUACUUUGUUGUCGGGGAUACAGCACACACACCCCUAGAGAUUGAGGUAGCUCCCAUGACCAUCAAGGGAAGCAUAACUGGCCUCAUUCUCCUGGCACGCUGUCCUCUACCACCAUAUUACCUGGUUGAGGGACAAAUCCUCACCCAGGCCAUUCCCAUUCCAGCGGAGGUCCCAGUAGACGGAAAAUCACCUGAUGUCUACUGGGCAGAAGUGGUGGGUGAGGACAAACCUUCUCUGGCAUGCAACCUAACCCGUGGAUCAGACCACCUCCAUGUGGAAGGGGUACUGGACACAGGCGCCGAUGUGACUAUCAUACCCGAGAGGAUGUGGCCGUCACAAUCGGAACUACAACCUGUGGCAGGCAAAAUCCAAGGUGUAGGAGGGGUAAAAUUGGCAAAAAUAUCAAAAAGCAUUGUGCAAAUUGAAGGGCCGGAUGGAAAAUUGGCUAGCAUCCGUCCAUUUGUUACAAACUAUAAAUGCCCUCUGUGGGGGAGAGACACCAUGUCCCAGUGGGGAGUGGUCGAUGAGUAAGGAGAAGCUCAAGGUGCUUGAAGAGCUUGUGGAGGAGCAAUUGGCCAAAGGCCACAUAGAAGAGACCACAAGUCCGUGGAAUUUUCCGGUCUUUGUAAUAAAGAAGCCAGGGAAGAACAAGUGGAGGCUGCUCCACGACCUCUGGGAAAUAAACAAAGUGAUAGAGGACAUGGGGUCACUCCAACUUGGGAUGCCUUCUCCAACGAUGCUU